AUAAGAAAGCAGCUUAGAGGGCUUAGCUGGGAGGGAGGAGGCUGAGGAAGCUAAUUAUAAAGUUUGUGCCGGAGAGGAGAGAAGAUUAUAAGGCCUCUUUGCACCCCAAGAUUUUGAAAAUGAGACAAGAGUUCUUUCCCCAAAGACAAAUGGGGGUAAGCGCUGCCUGGUCCCCCCGACCAUGCACAGCAUCCAGAGGGAUGCCCAGGCCCCCGGCCACCCUGCGUGCCUCCUGCCUUCUGUGGCCCGGAUCUCCUCGGUCACCCAGGUCACGCCAGCCAAGAAGAUAACCUUCCUCAAGCGAGGGGACCCCCGGUUUGCCGGGGUUCGCCUGGCUGUUCACCAGCGGGUCUUCAGGAGCUUUGGCGCCCUGAUGGAUGAGCUCUCCCAGCGCGUGCCUCUCUCCUUCGGGGUGCGCUCCGUCACCACGCCCCGCGGCCUGCACGGCCUCAGCGCCCUGGAGCAGCUGCAGGAUGGUGGCUGCUACCUCUGCUCCGAUAAGAAGCCCCCCAAGACCCCCAGUGGGCCAGGUCGGCCCCCGGGGAGAAGCCCUCCCGCUCAGCCGUCACGAGAUUUCGAAGGACGCUAUGAGGCGCCAGGAACAUCCUCUUCCUGCAAAAGUCUCAAAACCCCCAGGAGGAUAACGCUGGUCAAGAACGGGGACCCUCGGCUCCAGCAGACCGUGGUGCUCAGUCACAGAAACACCAGGAACUUGUCAGCCUUUCUCAGCAAAGCCUCGGAUCUUCUGCACUUUACCGUGAAGCAGGUGUACACGACCAGUGGGAAGAAGGUGGACUCUCUGAAGGGUCUGCUGUGCGACCCGCCGGUGCUGGUGUGCGCCGGCCAUGAGCCCUUCAGACCUCUGGCAAUGGAAGACGUCAGAAGGAAUGGAACUGAAACUUUGUCUGGGCAGACUUCAAGGAACAAAUAUGGGAGCUGGGGGCCAAAGGCCAAGCAGAGCAUCAUCCACUCGCGGUCCAGGCCAGGCAGCAGGCCGCGGCGGUCUUCCUUGCUGUCGGAGAGGUCUGGGCUCAGCGACCCCUCCGUGUCCCUACCUGGCGCCUGCAUGGGCCCUGCUCCUGACAGGCACCCCAGGGACAUGCCUGUCCAGCUCGGCCCAUUGGUGGCUGGUGAUGACAUUGAGAAGAACAUCCGCAUGAACCAGGAUGGCAGCCUGUCUGUGGAGAUGAAAGUCCGCUUCCACUUGCUGGGGGAGGACCCGCUCCUGUGGUCCAGGAGGGUCAGGAGGGCGAGCACUCUCACGGCAGCCAGUGGGGAGGGUGCCGUCCUGGGGGAGGCAGAUCCCCCCCACUGUGUGUGGAAGGGCCACCCUGGGGACCCCACAGAGCUUGGGGGCCAGGGACUGGAGCCCUGCAAAACAGGAGGCAUGGGAGCCUUUGACCGUGGCCGGUGGCAGCCAGGGUCCCCAUACGAGAUCUGGAUGAACCCCCUGUACGGCUCCCAGGGAGAUCAGACAGCCUCUCGGAGGAGGCCCGGGCCGACCCAGGGCUCCCACUCCAGGGUCCCCCGGAGCCAAGAGGUUGCCACCAGGAAAAGAAGGAGCAAGGACAGCAUCAGCCCUGCCUCCAGUGACAGAGCCCCUGAAGGCUCAGAGCCAAACUCUUCCUGCUGUUCCAGGUCCCUAGAGGAUGGCGGGGGCAGCUGUGACCUACAUCUGGCCUCCAGGGCUGGUGAGGGCCCAGGUGGAGGAGCAGCACCGGGCAGCAGGGACCAUCACAGCUGCCUGAAACCUGGGACCCAAGGCCCCACAGGUCCUCUUUCUGACUCCUCGGCGAGUGCCGGGUCCCACGAGGAGUCCAGUGAAAGGGGUGGGCUGCACCCGGGCUGCCCCAGCAAGGUGAGCAGGGUCGUGACUUCCAGGGGGACCACCCAGCAGGGAGGACGCAGUCCCCCCACCGUGAGCCCCUCAUCUCUGAGGAACGAGGACCCACAGGCCGAGGUGAGGGGACAGGGCAGCAGGCAUCCCCCUGGCCAGGAGUGGGUCUGGGUUGAGGCUGCCCUUGGCUCUGGGCCGGGCUGGCCCUGGGGACGAUGCAGGAGGCCGUUCCCCACUUUCCGCCUGCGCCUCAGCCCCGGGCGGGAGCAGAAAGCAGGAGGGCAGAGCCAGCCGUCUGUCUUCACCCGGCACUUCCGCCAGCCGAGGGGCCCAGGGGGGCCGCCCCAGGCCGCGCCACAGCUCAAGGGACCCCCACAGCCUACUCGGCUCGCUUGUGUCCAAGUCGGUGCCGGGGACACCCAGCAGAGGCGGGGCCCGCCCAGACGGCCCAGCGCCCGGCCUCUCUGAAAGCCCCGUAGCGCCAGGAAGCGGCCUUCCCGGGACCCAGGGCCGCCCUUCUCGGCCUCUCUUCAUUCCCAGGACACACGAGGGCUCAGCAGCGCCCCCAUCACCCCUGUGAGCAAUUCCGACUGUGCUUCCAACUUCUACCCACCGAACUCACCCUCCGCUGAGACCGGCCCUGAGUUCAGGGCGUGUUCACCAGCUCCCACACCUUCCAACACAUCCGGCUCUCUCAGCUCCCAAGCUGAUGGCCUGGGCGGAAAGGCAGGGGGUGAUGGUCCCAAGGCUUCCUGGCCCUUGGUCCUGCCAGUCGGGUGGCCUGAGGGAGGGAGGUGGCAGGGAUCCCACCGAGGCAGCUGCUGCUCACAGAUGAGUGUAUCCCCAGCCUGCGGGUCCCCCGGUGGGAAGACAUGGCCGCUGCCGACCUCCCAGCCUCGGGGCAGCCAGGGGCCCUCCUCUGAGGCCUGCUUGGUGUGCAGCAGGUACUGCCCCACGCCCCCCAGCGCACGGCCCGCGGGCAAGAAGCACACUUCAUGCAGCCACAGCCACAGUGUUGGAGACCACGGUGCUGAUGGGAGGCUGGGAGGGGGCAAGGUCAGGGAGGGAAAGCAGGGCGCGUGGCGCCCUCGGCCCCCCGACUCUCAGACAGGGGCUGCGGGGAGAGCAGUCAGAGCUGUGAGAAGGGGCAGUCCCCACAGUGAUCCCAGGCUUAGGAGAAUGUUCCAAGGAAGGUUUGCCGAUGGAGGGGAAGGCCUCGGGGAGCAAGAGGAAGGUGGCGGGUUGGUGCUGGGCGCCCUGCCACGGGCCUCCCCUGAAGCCGUGGUCCGUGCAUGGCUGAGCAACAUUCCGGAGGAGCCGGGGCCCGUGAAAUAUGAAAGAGUGGAUGAGAGCAUGGAUGGGGCUGGGCAUGGCCCGGAAGGCCCUGCGGAGGACCCUGGUGAUGAACGUUCCCCUGAUGGCCUGGAAGGGCCAAUUCAGGCCAGAGGCUCGUCCCUGGAAGGAGCCGCCAGUGAGAAAGCAGAACCAGAUGGAGCCCUCCCAGUGCCUGGUGGUUCUGAUCCCAAGUCAGGAGACAGCCUUCCUUGCAGCAGAGUUUCAGGAGCCCCCAUGGAGGUGGGGACAGGCAAAGGAGCGGCUGCAGACUGCGGGAUGGGCCAGAGCGUGCUUCCCAGUAGGGUCUCUGCCUCUAUACAGAUCAUGAAGGCGCUGAUGGGCUCCAAGCAGGGCCGGCCCAGCAGCCUCCCUGAAGUGUCUAGCUCCAAGGGCAAGAGGCUCAGCCGCUCGGCCCAGGCCCUCAUCACCUGCCUCGCCAGGCUCCGCUUCUUUGACGACCACCUUGGGUCUCCCGCUGGCAAAGGGAGGUUCAUGGACUCUCCUAGGUACCAGGAGCUCCUGAGCACCUUCCAGGCCCUGUGGCCGGGCUGUGGCCUCGGGCACCAGGAGCUGGACUCAGGUCUCCGGGAGCUUGGCUGGGGCCAGGCUCUGCCAGGCCCAGGUUCACAUGCUGCAACUGAGGACUUCACACCAACGUCCUCCUCUGGGGUGGAUGUCGCCAGUGGCUCCGGAGGCUCAGGGGAUGGCAGCGGACCCUGCGUGGUGGGCUGCACCCCGGCCCCUGAGAGGAUGGAGCUGCCCUUGAACAUCCCCUGCCAGAGACCUGAUUCCAGAACCUCAGGAAACCCAGAGGAUCUGGGGACCCAUCAGCCGAGUGAUUCUGAUGCUUGUGCUACCAGCAAGGAUGCGGCAAAAAGAAACAGCGAGGAGCAGCUGCUGGGCAGUGACCUGGACCAGGGGGCUGAAAACAUGAUGCAGGAAGAGAAGGUAGAAUUAGAGGAAAUGAAAGAAGAGAAAGAAAGUGCAGAGCUGCAAGAAGAGGGUGUCAAAGGGUUUCCAGAAGAGGAAGGUGUCACAGGACAGGAAUUGUCAGGGAUGGGCUCUCAGGAUGGGAUGGGAGCCCGGGAAGAUCGGAGCCUGCAGGAAGAGGAGGAAGGAGACCCUCCGUCGGCCACACUAAGCCCUCCAGGGAGGAAAGAGAACCCGACAGAGGGCCCCAGGAGCCUCAGAGAGGGAGACUUCGAUGCCAUUGCAGCUCAAAGUGGCUCUAAAGCUGAGCUCACUUUAGAGAAGUUGCCCAAAGCAACUGAGACAGGCUGUGGGCAAACCCAGGCAGCGCUCCCCCAGGGGGCUGGGGAGACAGGCCCUCCUACACCUCGCAGAGGGUCUCUGGGGCCUGACCCGCUCUGGGUGUCCAGGUUGCUGAAGAAGAUGGAGAAGGCCUUCAUGGCCCACCUCGCCAGUGCCACGGCCGAGCUCCGCGCCCGCUGGGACCUGCCGAGCAACGACCUGCUGGACCAGAUGGUGGCUGAGCUGCAGCAGGACGUGGGCCAGCGGCUGCAGGACAGUGUGGAGAAGGAGCUCCGUAAGGUCCAGAGCCGGGCGGGGGCCACGGUGCCCGGGCCGCCCAGGGAGGCCCUCCAGUGGGAGGUGUCCCCGCAGGCAGAGCAGCGCCGACGCCGCCUCCGGGGUCUGCGCGACCUCUCGGCCUUCUCUGAGCAGAUGCGGGGCUGGGGGCCGCCCUCCUUCUCCCUGGAGGACGCGCCAGCCCUCAGCGCAGCCCUGGGGGCCCGGCUGGAGGAGGAGGCGGGGAGGGACGAGUUCUGUCCCUGCGAGGCCUGCGUGAGGAAGAAAGUGGUUCCAGCCUCCCUGAGAGACAAGGUGGGGGUGGCCAGCACGCCCAUCAGAGAGGCCUUUGAUCUGCAGCAGAUUCUGCAGAAGAAGAAAGGAGGGUGUGUGCACUUGGAGACCAAAGAGGCUGCUCCUGCAAAGAGGGAGAUGGAGCCCCUUCAGAGGGACCCCUCUGGGACAGGUGCCAUCCAGGGAGCUGACGGAGGCCUGGAGCUGGGCUCAGGCCAGGGCCCUGGGGUGGCGGAGAGGGGCGAGGCUGAGGGCAGUCGAACCCUGGACAGAGACGAAGACCCCCAGGGGGCAGGGGAGGAGGCAGCUGCUCAGAAGAGAGAGGGGCAAACAGAUACCUGUGGAGGCAGCGACCCAGAGGGGCCAGAGAUGGAGGAGCGGGGCGUGGGUGGGAAGGAAGAAAACUCGGGGGUGGGCUCUGGGGCUGAGGACACUCUGGAGGGCGACGCCUCGGGAGGAGGUGACCAAAGUCUGGGAGGACAGAAUGCUGGCGCCGACCCCGCAGAGGCCCAGGAAGCUGAAGGGGAGCCACAGCCCAAGUCAGGAGAGGGACACGGGGAUGAGGAAGAAGGGGGCCCUCAGGCUGGCCCGGCGGACAGCCAGUGGGGUGAGGCUUCUGGAAAUGGCAGCCCAGACUGGGAGGGGAGGCCCACACUGUCCCCAGCCCCUGGUGCAGACACCCCCCGCCAAAGGUCAGGCCCGACAGCAGGCCUCUCCUCCUCCAGCGCGUCGUCUCUGGGGAAGUGCUCUCAGCUCUCCCAGAAAGGCUCUGAAGACGAGCCUUCAGACAGACACACAAGAACCGCUGAAGACGAGUCCAAGGGCAUCUCUGGUCCAGAGAGAAAAGUCACCGGCAUGUGUCCAGAAAGCUCUACUUCUGAGCAAGAAGGGGACCCCUCAGGCUCAAGGACUCCAGAGCAGAGGGCAAUUAGUGGGGAGAGCACGCUCCCCCUGCCGGCCCCCCAAGAGGCACUGUGGGCCUCCGGGGCCCUGGAUUUCCGUGGGACUCACGAGAGGCAGACGCGCCAGGCCCGCACGGGCCCUCCAGCUCACGCCCGCUCACCAGCCCGGCUGCCCCAGAAGAGUGACCCCGGCUAG